AUGUCUGAAUUAUCUCUCCAUGUACGACUUCCGACAUUUUUUUUAAUAACUUUUUCUCUUUCUUUCUUGAUUCCUUUCUUUCUUACUUACUUUCUUUCUUUCUUUUAUUUUUUCUCUACGCUUCUUUUUUUAAAUUACUUUCCAUCGUUUGUGACUUCAUUUAUUUUCUCUCUUUUUUCUUUCAUAUGUUUGUUUUCUGUUUCUUUUAGAAUUUUUCGUGUUUUUUUUCUCUUUUUUCUUUCCUUUCUUUCUUUGUUUCUUUUUCUCUUCGUUUCUUUUUUUGUUUGCUUUCUGUUUCUUUUGUACUUUUUCCUAUUUUUUUCGUCCUUUCUUUCUUCCUUUCUUUCUUCAUUUCUGCGAUUCUUUCUUUCUUUCUUUUCAAUUUUCCUUUUAGUUUUCGUUUUCGUCUUUUUCAUUCUGUUUAUUUUCUCUUUCUUGUCUUCGACAUUUUUUCGCUUUUUGUUUUUCAUUCUGUUUCAAUAUUUCUAUCUUGUUUACACCAUUUUUUUCUUUUUUUCUAUCUUCUUCCUUUCAUUCUUUCAUUCUUCCUUUCUCUCUUUUUUCUUUCCUACUUGUUCGAUUUUUCCUUCUUUCUUUCUUUCUCCAUUUUUGGCUCUUGGCUAUUUUCUUCCUUUCCUUCUUUUAAUUAAUUUCCACUUUUCCUCGUUUCUUGCUUUCACCAUUUUUUUUUUGACUUUUUGCUAUCUUUUGCCUUUCCUUCCUUCUUUCUUUUUUUUUCUUUCUUUCUUUCUUUCUUUCUUUUUCGAUUUUUCUUUUUUAAAACUUCAUUUUUUAUCUCUUUUUUUCUUUUCUUACUUUCAAAGCAUUUUUAUUUUUUAUUAUCCUCCAUCACUCGCUCUUCUCCAUCACUCUAUCUCUAUCUCUUAUUUUUCUUUCUCUUUUCUUUGCCUGCUUAUCAUUUCCCUAUACCUAUCAUUAUUCACUCACUCUCAUUUCACCGUUUCCAUCUAUUCACUCUUAUUCCUUUUCUCUUUAGAUCUUACUGUUUCUCUCUCCUCUUUUUCGUUAUUAACUUUCCAUCUCCCAUCAUCCUAUUCUCAUUUCCGCCUUUUCCUUCCGCUCUUCCCUCCAUUCCUAAUAACAUUUCCAAGCAUCUACUCUAUCUCAAUCGACCCAGUAAUCAAAACCCUUGUGACUUCCGACCUUUUAAAAUGUCUCGUCGACACUGGGAAAUCGAUAUCGAACUCUUCGGGAAAACCUGUUAUAAAGAAAUCUGUGUUUGACGUUUCUCUCAACAUCUUUUUGUUCGUUCUACAAACACACCGACAUAACUCGGUAGGUAUGCUUUCAUAUGUACACACUAAAACAGAAUUAAUCUAUCUAUCUAUCUAUCUAUCUAUCUAUCUAUCUAUCUAUCUAUCUAUCUAUCUAUAUAUAUAUACAUAUAUAUAA